AUGGCGGAUAUGAGCACCAGCGAAGUCGCCGAAGGCAGUCAGCUACGCCAGCGCCAUCAUGAAGGUCGCAAAAUCGAAAUUGUUGGCCCAGAUGGCCAGCACAGAAAAGUCGCGGUCGCCGACCUGACCCAGGACGACUCCGAACUGGCCACCAGGUUUGGCUAUAACCCGGUCUUCAAGAGAGAAUUUGGAUACUUGUCGACCUUCUCGUUCGCGGUCAGCAUUAGUGGUCUUUUUGCGACUGUCAUGACCACCAUGUCAUACCCAUUGCUCGCCGGUGGUAGUAGUGCGGUUGUGUGGUGUUGGUUCGUCUCUGGAUUUGGCUGCAUGUGCAUUGCAUGCUCCGUUGCCGAACUGGUCUCUGCUUAUCCUACCUCUGGAGGACUAUACUUCACUAUCUCUCGCCUCGCUCCCAAUAGCUGGGUCCCCUCCAUCAGCUGGGUUACUGGUUGGCUCAACCUUCUCGGCCAGGUGGCUGGCGUUGCGUCCUCCGAGUAUGGAGCCGCCCAGAUGCUCCUCGCGGCCGUCUCCAUGAGCCGGGACUUCAACUACGAAAUCACAACCAACACUACCGUCGGGGUGAUGGCGGCGCUUACCGUCAUUACUGGUGUAGUCAACUCUCUUUCCACUUACUGGAUGGAGAAGAUGACCAAGACCUAUGUCAUUUUCCACAUCUGUGUUCUGGUCGCUUGCUCGAUCGCUCUUCUGGUCAUGACAAAGGACAAGCACGAUGCCAAAUACGUCUUCACCGAAGUCAAGUCUGAGAGUGGCUGGACACCUCUUGGCUUCAGUUGGCUAUUUGGCUUCUUGUCUGUCAGCUGGACUAUGACCGACUACGAUGCGACUGCUCACAUUACUGAGGAGAUUAACAACCCCGAGCUCAAGGCUCCCUGGGCUAUUUCUUCUGCUAUGCUGUUCACCUAUGUUGCUGGUUUCCUGUUCAACAUUGUGCUCUGCUUCUGUAUGGGCGACCCUGACGAAAUUCUCGUGUCGCCUAUGGCUCAGCCUGUUGCUCAGAUCUUCUACAACAGCCUCGGCAAGGGCGGUGAUUGCCCCUUGGACUGGAACCCCCUCUACGCUGUGUGGAUGUCCGUCUUCUUCUGCAUUGCCAUCAACUUGAUUGGUCUUGGAUCUUACACUGCCAUUGCUGGUGUGUUCACGGUCUGUGCUAUUGCCCUGGACUGGAGCUACUGCAUCCCCAUUCUGUGCAAGCUCUUCUUUGGCAAAUUCCAACCCGGUCCCUGGCAUAUGGGUCCCUUCAGCACCAUCGUCAACAUUUGGGCUUGCCUCUGGACCUUGUUCGUCAGCGUCAUUUUUGUUCUCCCCACUGCUAUGCCGGUCACUGCGGAAGGCAUGAACUACGCCUGUGUCUACCUCGUGGCCGUUCUGCUGUUUGCCAUGAUUUACUGGUACAUUCGUGGCCGUGCAGUCUACACUGGCCCCGUCACCGAGGCCAUUUCGGAUGACAUCUCUGAGAGCGAGAUCGUGGAGUCCGAAAAGACUGCCAAAGGCCCCGCCGCGUAA